AGAGAGAGAGAGAGAGAGAGAGAGAGCACAAAGUUGGGCUGGGUCUGAUUGCUCCUCAGAGCAGGGAAAAGCCUCGGUCUGUCUUCAUGGUGCAGCGAUAAACUUGGACUCUUUUACCCUCUCUCCCCAAAUUUUUUGCACAAAAGGAGGCUCAUGUCUUGGAUAUAGACAUGAAGAGCUUUGUGCAUUCCAGGAUCUUCGUAUUUCUGGCUUUAUCACUGGCACACAUACUGUUUGUGAAAUGCCAAGACGGAAACAGUGGUGAUGACCUCAGCUGCUUCGAGGAUGGGCAGGUCUACACCAACCGAGACGUGUGGAAACCCGAGCCAUGUCGGAUCUGCGUGUGCGACAGCGGCACCAUCCUGUGCGACGACGUGCAGUGUGAUGAGGUGAUCCAUUGUGAGAAGGUCAUCGUUCCUGAAGGUGAAUGCUGCCCAGUGUGUCAGAGCACCUUCCCGGACCAAGACCGCCGUGAGAAUGGACAUUACAACAGAAUCUAUAAGGGUCAGAAGGGUGAACCUGGAGAUGUGCCAAUUAUCACGGGACUUCCAGGACGACCAGGACCAACGGGACCACCAGGUGCGCCUGGAUUCAGAGGAGCGCAGGGACCCAAAGGAAAACCUGGUGCAAAAGGUCCAGCUGGAUAUGAUGGAGAGCCUGGCGUUCCUGGUCAACCAGGAGAACCUGGAUCACCAGGCCAUCCUCCAGGAGGCCAGCUGUCCUCUCAGAUGGCAGAAGGAUUCGGAGGUGGAAAAGUAGCAGGCCAGCAUGCCAUGAUUCCUGGACAAAGGGGGGAGGCAGGUGCAAGAGGACCACCGGGGCCCAAUGGUCUACCGGGGCCACCAGGAGCUCAGGGAUCCCCUGGUGAAGCUGGAGAAACAGGACAAAUGGGCUCUGCUGGUCCGAGGGGACCUGAAGGUCCUUCAGGAAAGCCUGGGGAUGAUGGAGAAUCAGGGACAGCAGGAAAUACAGGAGAACCAGGAUUCCCAGGAUCUCCGGGAGCGAGAGGUUUUCCCGGAACACCAGGUCCUCCAGGUCUGAAGGGUCACAGAGGCCACCAAGGUCCAGAAGGUUCUAAGGGAGAACGUGGAGCAGUUGGAUCAAAGGGUGAAUCUGGCGGAACAGGUCCAAUGGGCACUCCCGGCCCUAUGGGUCCCAGGGGAAUGCUAGGAGAGAGAGGACGCCCAGGGCCAAGUGGUACACCUGGUAUGCGUGGUGUUCAAGGAAAUGUUGGGAAACCAGGUCCAAUGGGUCCUUUGGGACUUAGCGGAUCUCCAGGCUAUCCAGGAGCACCAGGUAUGAAGGGUCAGCCAGGACCUACUGGAGUUAGAGGCCCUGAAGGACCACAGGGAACAAGAGGAGAGACUGGUGCACAAGGCAGACCUGGGUCAAUUGGCUUACAAGGCCUAAUGGGUACAGAUGGAGGUCCAGGCACCAAAGGCCCAGUGGGAACUGUUGGACCACAGGGGCCUGUUGGUUUGCCCGGUCCACCUGGUCCUCCAGGACCUCAGGGAAGCACUGGACAGCCUGGUAUCAAAGGUCAACUUGGAGAUGUUGGUGUUCCUGGAUUUAAAGGAGAAGCUGGACCUAAAGGAGAACAAGGUCCUCUGGGAGCACAAGGAGUGAUUGGGCCUCAAGGAGAAGAGGGAAAGCGAGGACCUCGAGGAGAUUCAGGAUCUAUAGGCCCACCUGGGCCUGUUGGUGAGAGAGGGUCUCCUGGAAAUCGUGGUUUCCCUGGUCAAGAUGGAUUACAAGGAGCCAAAGGUGCAGUAGGUGAGCGUGGAAUACCAGGAAUUUCUGGCCCCAAGGGUGCUACUGGAGAUCCGGGCAGAACAGGUGAACCAGGCCUCCCAGGUGCAAGGGGUUUGACUGGAACUCCUGGAGUUCAGGGUGCUGAGGGGAAGCCAGGACCUCUAGGUGCAACAGGUGAAGAUGGACGUCCAGGACCUCCAGGGCCUAUUGGAACCAAAGGUCCACAAGGAUCAAUGGGACUCCCAGGCCCCAGGGGUUUCAGUGGGGAUCCAGGUAAACCAGGUGAGCAAGGAUCACCAGGGCCUCCAGGGCAGCGAGGUCUACCUGGAAAGGAAGGAGAGGUCGGGCCACUUGGUUCCACGGGUCCUCCAGGACCAGCAGGUGACAGAGGAGAACAGGGACCUCCUGGAAUGCAUGGCUUCCAGGGAUUGCCUGGACCAGCAGGCCCAGUUGGAGAGGCAGGGAAACCAGGUGAUCAGGGUAUUCCUGGUGAGGAAGGCCCUGUGGGACCACUUGGACCAAGGGGAGAGCGUGGAACUCCAGGAGAGAGAGGGGAGCUUGGGCUUCCUGGAUUGCAAGGACCCAGGGGUAUCCCAGGAGCACCUGGACCAGAUGGGCCAAAGGGAAGUCCUGGGCCUCCUGGUACUGUUGGUGAUCUGGGUCCUCCAGGUCUUCAAGGAAUGCCUGGAGAACGGGGUAUCUCUGGCCCUCCUGGUCCUAAGGGCGAUCGAGGUUCAGUUGGAGAGAAAGGUUCAGAGGGUACUCCUGGAAAUGAUGGUGCAAGAGGACUGCCAGGAUCACUUGGCCCUCCAGGACCUCCAGGCCCAAGUGGUGAAAAGGGAGAACCUGGCCCUAAAGGACCACCUGGGCCUUAUGGAUCAAGAGCAAUGCCGGGAUCUCGUGGUGAGCCCGGGCCUACAGGUCCUGUUGGUUUUCCUGGACCACCUGGUCCUGAUGGUCAGCCUGGUGUGAAAGGAGAACCAGGUGAGCCAGGACAAAAAGGAGAUGCUGGAUCUCCUGGACAUCAGGGGUUGUCCGGACCUCCAGGCCCUAUGGGUCCAAUUGGUGUAGCUGGACCAAAGGGUGGUAGAGGGACACAAGGAGCUCCUGGACCAACUGGUUUUCCUGGAUCUCCUGGAAAAGUCGGUCCACCAGGUCCAACUGGUGCUCUUGGUCAGCCUGGCCCUGUUGGUCCUCCUGGAAAAGAGGGUCCACCUGGACUUCGUGGAGAUCAUGGCCCACCAGGACGCCAAGGAGAAAGAGGCCAGCCUGGGCCUGCUGGAAGCCCUGGAGACAAGGGGGACCCUGGGGAGGAUGGACCCACCGGUCCUGAUGGUCCACCAGGUCCUGCUGGAACAACAGGCCAAAGAGGAAUUGUUGGUCUUCCUGGAAUGAGAGGAGAACGUGGAAUGUUAGGGCUCCCUGGACCAGCUGGUCCUCCAGGUAAACCAGGAACUCCAGGACCUUCAGGAGACAAAGGACCUCCUGGGAGAGUUGGACCACCAGGUGCUAAUGGACCUCGGGGUGAUCCUGGUCCUAAUGGACCUGCUGGAGCUGAUGGUCCACCAGGAAAGGAAGGUGUCAUUGGUGAACGGGGUGACCGUGGUGAUUCAGGACCAGAGGGAGUGCCUGGGCCAAGGGGAGCUCCUGGUCCUGCUGGCCCUGUUGGUGCUACUGGAGGCCCUGGAAAGAGAGGAGAUGUGGGUUCAAGAGGACCCGUUGGACCUCCAGGUCCAGCUGGCAAGAGAGGACUCCCAGGACCUCAAGGACCAAGAGGAGAUAAAGGAGAGUUGGGUGAUCAUGGAGAAAGAGGACAGAAGGGACAUAGAGGAUACACAGGUCUUCAGGGCCUUCCUGGACCACCUGGUACCACUGGUGACCAAGGACCAACUGGAAUUGUCGGGCCAAGUGGUCAACGAGGACCUCCUGGACCAAUAGGACCACCAGGUAAAGAAGGUUAUAUUGGACAGCCUGGACCAAUGGGACCACCUGGAUCAAGAGGACUAAGUGGAGACAUUGGACCUGAGGGACCUCCUGGAGAGCCAGGUGCUCCAGGUCCACCUGGAUCCCCUGGACCACCAAUUGCUGCCAUGGAGGAAAUAUUUGGAGGUCCUCAGGAUUAUGAUGAUCAUGAUCAUGAUCCUGGUCCUCCUCCUCCUCCUGAAUUCCCAGAAGAUGAGGCUCUGCCCAAAUCUAAUUCAACAGACACGUUCCAAGCUGAUCCAGGAGUCCAGGCCACCCUUAAGGCUCUCAGUAGCCAAAUUGAGAGCAUGCGCAGCCCUGAUGGCAGUAAGAAACACCCUGCUCGCACUUGUGAGGACCUUAAACAGUGCUAUCCACUGAAAAAGAGUGGUGAAUACUGGGUGGAUCCAAACCAAGGAAGUUCAGAGGACGCCAUUAAGGUAUAUUGUAACAUGGAGACUGGAGAAACAUGCAUCUCAGCUGAACCUUCCAGCAUACCUCGCAAAUCAUGGUGGAGUACUCCAAGAAACAAACCAGUGUGGUUUGGAACCACCAAUGGUGGAACAUAUUUCACUUACGGAAACAAAGACCAGCCAGCUAACUCGGUCACCGUCCAGAUGACCUUCAUUCGGCUGCUUUCCAAAGAAGCCUCGCAGACGAUCACGUACCACUGCAAGAACACUGUGGGCUACAAAGAUGAGGCAACUGGCAACCUGAAGAAAGCAAUCAUUCUCAAGGCCUCUAAUGAUUUAGAGCUGAAAGCUGAGGGAAAUAAUCGCUUCAGAUACACUGUACUGGAGGACAGCUGCUCUCAAGCAAACAAUAACUGGGGAAAGACCGUUUUUGAGUACAGGACACAGAAAACGGUGAGGUUACCUAUCGUGGAUAUUGCCACUGUGGAUGUCGGUCGCCCAGAUCAGGAGUUUGGCAUCGAUAUUGGGCCUGUUUGUUUUUUGUAAAAUAAAAAUAAUAAAUAAUAAAUAAAUAGAACAAAGAUGCAUUGAAGAGAAUCCUGAGACUCUUGAACUGACUGCUGAGAAGCUCAGCCUUGUACAUAACGUACUGUGGACUGUUCCAGCCCUGUAGCAGGAUAUUUAUUGUGCCUUUCCAAUAACUGGCCCUUAUUAGUAAGUUUUUAAUUAAACUAUUAAAAAAAAAAAAAAGCCAUUUGUUUGGUUCUGUUUGGCUUGACUCUGAUAGAUUAGUGAACUCCAGUCCAUCGUGUGCUGUUUGAAACCGAGAUCCGUUCCAGCAAUUCGAAAGGCGACACCAGUUUAGAAAUGAAACACAUUUAAAUAUUUUUGUGAUACUUUUUUUUCUUUUUAACAAAUCACAUGGUGCUAUAGAGGAAAAUGUGUCUUGGUGAAAUGCUUUAUGGCAUUAUGAGUGGUUUCUCCUGAAAACUGUUCUAAAAUUGAUAUCUCUAUUCUGUUACAUUUGCUUUGUAUGACGUUUGAAUGCAAUUGACCAUUAAAUACUGAAUACAUCGAGUCUUUAGCGUAAGCUACCUCGUCUUUACAAACUGGGACAAGUCAGUGGUGCAAUGUAACGUCACAAUGUCACACUUCUCCCAGGAAAAUAAUAAUAAAGGUACCGAUCAGGGUGAGGGGGUGCAAAUAAAAUCUCUUCAACACUGACGAACUCAGCGUCUCAUUAAAAACUUUUUUUUUCAUCAUGAAUUUCAGUUCAUCUAAACAUUUCAUGGGCUGUUCUUGUGCCAUAUUUAAUGUUCUGGGUUUGAACCACACUGGAUUCAUUGGGGAUCCAGAACAUGAACUGCAGAACAUGAGCAUGUUUUGUAAAUACAGUAACAGAGAUAAUAUCGAAGAGCCCAUGAUAAUGAUGUAACCAUUAGGAAGCAGUCAUUUCUCAAGCAUGUUCCACAUUACCAGCCUUGCACUUUCCUUUUUUUUCUUUAAAAAAAUCUCUAAACUUUGCAUUUUUAUAGCGUGUCAUUGAAAAUUAAAAUACAAUAUUAUUUGGCUGAUGGGGGAAAAAUUAAAAGAAAAAACAUAUAUAUUUUAUUUUCUUCAUGUAUAUUGCUUUGCAAAUUAAAACAUAUGCUUGGUGAGGCCAACGUUCCAUUUGUUGUUCUAUUAUUCCAAUUCUCUUCUUUUGAUGCAUGAAAUAUUUUUAGCACAAUAAACUGAGUUGUACGUUCAUAUUAUUUACGCUUUUGGUACAUGUUUGAGAACUAACACAGUGCAUCGUCUCCUUUCUGACACUUCUUUAAGUAAGUUGUUUUCAAAUACUGCUGGCAAAAGACUGAAGUUCAGCUUUCACUCGACGUCAGAGAUCAGUAAUCAAAAUGUUCUCUCAUAAAUCCUCUCAAAAUUUCAAAUGUACGUCUAAAAUAUUUUAUUCCCUCCACAUUCACUGGAUAUGAGCAAUCGUACGCUCUGAUUGGCUACUCUAUUACUAGGCUAUCAGCUCAUAUACCAUGAGUAGAGAAAAACAAAAUGGCGGCGCGUGUUGCUGAACCAAUCGAGGACGAAAUAAAAACUGUACUCGAAAACAAAACCCCAAAAAUGCAAAAAAAAAAAGCAACAAAAUAUGGAAUAAAAGUAUUUGAUGGUAAGAACGCAUCUUUUUUAAUUUUUCAAGAAUUAUUAUCACAUUUUUCACAAAUUGCUCCUGUCAUUUCACUGGUUUGUUUACAUUCUAAGCAGAAAUUAUUUUGUCGGACGUUUUGUAUAAAGUUUUUAUUUAUCUAAUUUGCAAAAAAAUAAAAAUAAAAAUGCUCUCUUUCUCAAAAUCCAGUGACUGUGGAGAGAAUAAAACAGUUAUUCCACUCAAUCUUGUCGUACACGAGCUCAUAGCCGAAGAGGCGCAUAUCAGCUCACGUACGACUCAAUUUUAUGGAACAACUUAAUUAUUCAACAUUGUGUGUGUUGUACUGUAUUAAAGCUGAGCUAUUUUAAUUUUUAUGAAAUAUCAGUGUUGACUAUUUUGUGAAUACUAUUCUAACUCUGAUGUUAUUUAAUAUAUGUUUUGUAUACACUUAUAAUGAAUAAAUGAUGGAGAGAUACGUUCACAAACAAGCUUUACACAGGAAAAACAUCUCACCCAGAUCAUUCCAGUGGGACGGACGAUCCAAAGUGACUCCAGCGUGUUUCAUCCACGCCGUCUCCGUGGAACACGAGGUUUACUGGCACGAUGAAGAUUUCCCCAGACGCACAACUACUGCUCGAUUCCCAUCACGAGAACUCAACAACUCGUAAUGUUUCACUUUUUUUUUUAAAGGAUCACAACCGAAAUUUGACAGAUGGACUGAUGCAAACGAGUUCGACGAUUUAAAAUGUUGUGAUAACGAAUGCAAGAAAGCAGAAACUCAGGAUUAUUGUGCAACUCUGUGAAGUAUUUUUUGCCAUGUCAUAUCAAAAUAAACCCUUCAACAUACACCA